UUGGCCGUUACCCUCUCUCCUAUGGUAAAAGCGCAGAAAUUGAAAUCAGCAAUAGAAGAUCUCUGCCUUUCACUUCAUUUAAAAUCUACGAUGGCGGCCGUGUUGAGAGGAAGCCUCGUAACAUUGGCCAAGGGUUUAAAUGGUGCCUGGUUGCAGCGACUGUGCACCCGCUCCCUGAGUUUGACUUCCAGUCAGAAUGUUUUGGAGGUGCCCCCGGCGCGUGCUGACAGCACAUUCAAGGUCACCAUGGUACCUGGAGAUGGAGUUGGACCUGAGCUUAUGACUGCGGUAAAAGAGGUUUUCAAGGCAGCUGAUGUUCCGGUGGAAUUUGAGGAGUUUCAUUUGAGUGAGGUGCAGAACAUGGCUAGUGAAGAGAAACUGGAUGAGGUGCUGGCCUCCAUGAAGAACAACAGAGUCGCCAUCAAAGGAAAGAUUCACACUCCCAUGGAGUACAAGGGUGAGCUGGCAUCUUAUGAAAUGAGACUGAGGAGAAAGCUGGACCUGUUUGCCAAUGUGGUUCAUGUGAACAGCCUCCCCGGUUACAGCACCCGUCAUAAUAAUCUCGAUCUGGUCAUCAUCCGUGAGCAGACAGAGGGAGAAUACAGCUCUCUGGAGCAUGAGAGUGUUUCAGGAGUGGUUGAGUGCCUGAAGAUCAUCACCAGAGUGAAAUCCCGCCGUAUUGCCAAAUUUGCAUUCGACUACGCCACCAAGAAGGGCCGUAGCAAAGUAACUGCUGUACACAAAGCAAACAUUAUGAAACUCGGGGAUGGUCUCUUUCUGCAGUGCUGUGCAGAGAUAGCUGAGCUUUACCCCAAGAUUAAAUAUGAAAACAUCAUCAUUGAUAACUGCUGCAUGCAGCUUGUGCAGAAUCCAUACCAGUUCGAUGUGCUUGUGAUGCCUAAUCUCUAUGGCAACAUCAUCGAUAACCUGGCAGCAGGGCUAGUGGGUGGAGCAGGUGUAGUUCCAGGGGAGAGUUUUAGCGCUGAAUAUGCUGUGUUUGAGACGGGUGCCAGGCAUCCCUUUGCUCAGGCUGUCGGCAGGAAUAUUGCUAACCCUACUGCUAUGCUGCUUAGUGCAUCUAACAUGCUGAGACACCUCAAUCUUGAGUAUCAUGCAAACAUGGUUUCUGAGGCUGUUAAGAAAGUCAUUAAGCAGGGCAAGGUGAGGACUCGAGACCUAGGGGGUUACUGCACCACUGGUGACUUUGUCCGUGCAGUUGUGGCCAACCUGCGCCAUCGGACUGUUUGAGGAUGCUUGUGUGACCCAAUGUCCAUCCAGGAUCACCCUUUACCUGCUUCUGCUUUUUCAAAUAUUUUCAAAGCCCCUUUUAAAACAGAGAUUUUUAUUUUGUCACUUAUGUUGAUUUUAUUAUUUUCUUUUGCUCUCAUCCCCUUUUCUUUUUUUUCUGGCUGGUUUCUGAUUUCUGUUUCCUUAUUUUUCUUUAUUCAAAACAUCCAUGUACAUUCUUUAUUUUCAUUACUGUUCGUCAUUGUGUCCAUACUUACCCAGAAUUAUGCCUGACAUUGUUACAUUUUACUGCGCUGCUGUAUUUUGUCCCACCCCACGCAUUUUCCAUAUGGCAUCACCUUGCAUUUUUCUGUGUAAUUCCUGCUUUUCUACAAACUCUAUUAAGGGCUGGUCCUCCUCAAAAUUGUUAGUUUUGAUUCCAGGUCCUCAAUAAAUUUUAAUUUGAUUAUCAACAAGCUGGGGCUAAACUGCCAGCAGUCUGAUACUCAAUUGAGGGGUUUUUCUCCCUUGAGAUAUGGAUCUUAUUAAUUUAAACUUCUCUAAUCAAGUCUGCUGUUGUAAUAAGUCAGAUGUUUAUCAUUUCAUUAAUUCAAAUAUUCUGAAGUCCCGGACAGGAAGUCUGCUCUGUGUCAUUGCUGACUAACUAUGUCUAAGGAAAUUACAACUGAAUUAUAUCAAGAAAAUUGCUGAAUCAAUUGACAGUUAUGUCUCUAUGUGACUCUCGAGCCUUUUUAAACUUACAGUGCGUUCAGAAAGUACUCAGACCCUUUCAUUUUCUUCACAUUUUGUUAUGUUGCAGCCUUAUGUGAAAAUGCUUUAAAUUAUUAAUGUUUUUCACAUCAUUCUACACUCCAUACCCCAUAUUGACAAAGCAAAACCUAGAUUUUAGAUAACUGCAAAUGUAUUAAAAACUGUAAUAUCGUGGCCUGGGUAGCUCAGUGGUAAAGACGCUGGCUACCACCCAUGGAGUUCACUAGUUUGAAUCCCAGGGCAUGCUGAGUGACUCCAAUAGGGACUUGGCAAUAGGGUAGAGUGACACGGUGUAACCUCCUCGUGAUUGCUAUAAUGUGGUUCCCUCUUGGUGGGGCACGUUUUGAGGUGUCCACGGUGGAUGGCGUGAAGCCUCCACACAAGCUAUAUCUCUGCGGUAAUGCGCUUAACAAGCUAUGUGAUGAGAUGCGCGUGUUUACAGUCUCGGACCAUUUAUACGACAAAGUUUUCAACUGAAAACUUUAUGCGUUUUGGCUGUUCGUUUACAAGACGACAGCGUUUUGAGGCCUGAAAACGCAAACUUUUGAAAACGGCUUUCAAACUGCAAGUUUUUGAAAACGAUCGUCUCCGUUUAAACAUACAAAAACGUGAUUUUAUGAUCAUGCGUGUUUAGUCUAUAGGCAUGUACUUCGUCCUUACCUCCAGAGAUCACCAGUUGGAGUCCUUAAAAAGGUGGUAUGCUUUAUAGUCCAUGUGAAUGGGGAUCAUUUUGACAACGUUGUUGUCUGUAUGCAAAACUUUUCAAAAACGCAAAGGAAAAACUUUUCAGUUUUUAGUACAUUGUUGUGUAAAUUUACCCUCAGGACAAAUCUCAGCUGCCUCCAUGUCUGAGUCACUAUGCCACCACAAUUACUUGGAGUACAUUGGGAAUUGGGCAUUCCAAAAGGAGAGAAAAUCCACACAAAUCCAUCACAUUGACAGGUAUUUAGACCCUUAACUCAGUGCUUAGUUGAAGCACCUUUGGCAGCGAUUUCAGCCUCAAGUCUUUUUGUGUAUGAUGCAACAAUCAUUGCACACCUGGAUUUGGGAAUUUUCUGCCAUUCUUCUCUGCAGAUCCUCUCAAGUUCUGUCAGGUUGGCUGGGGACUGUCGGUGGACAGCCAUUUUCAGGUCUCUCCAGAGGUGUUUGAUUGGAUUGAAGUCCAGGCUCUGGCUGGGCCACUCAAGGACAUUCACAUAGUUGUCCCUAAGCCACUCUUGUGUUGUCUUGGCUGUGUGCUUAGGGACAUUGUCUUGUUGGAAGUUCAACCUUCAUCUUGAUCUUCUGGACCAGUCUUUCAUUAAGCAUAUCUCUUUAUUUUGCUGCGAUCAGCUUUCCUUCAACCCUGACCAGUCCCCCAGUCCCUGCUGCUGAAAAGCACCCCCACAGCAUGAAGCUACCACCACCAUGAUUCACUGUUGGGAUGUUAUUGCGCAGGUGAUGAGCGGUGCCUGGUUUCCUCCAGACAAGAUGCUUGGAAUUGAGGCCAGACAGUUCAAUCUUUGUUUCAUCAGACUAGAGAAUCUUGUGUCUCACAGUCUGAUAGUUCUUUAGGUGCUUUUUUGCUUUCUUGCUCUAAGUGGAGACUUCCAUCUGGCCACUAUGCCAUAAAGCCCAAAUCAGUGGAGUGUUGCAGUGAUGGUUGUCCUUCUGCAAGUUUCUCCCCUCUCCACACAUGAUCUCUGGAGCUCCAUAGGGUUCUUGGUCACCUCUCUUACCAAGGCCAUUCUCCCCGAUUGCUCAACUUGGCUGGACGUCCAGCUCUAGGAAGAGUCCUGGUUGUUCCAAACUUCUUCCAUUUAAAAAUUAUGGAGGCCACUGUGCUCUCGGGAACUUAAAUGCAGACAAUUCUUUUUUUUUUUUAGCCUUACCCAUAUCUGUGUCUCAACACAAUCCUGUCUCUGAGCUCUGCAGGCAGUUCCUUUGACCUCAUGGCUUGGUUUUUGCUCUGAUAUACAUUUUCAGCUGUGAGACCUGUAGACAGUGUCUGAAUACUUACGUCAAUGUGAUAUUUCAGUUUUAUUUUUAUUUAAUUUUUUAUUAAUGUGCAAAAUAAUGUUUUUUUUUUUUGCUUUGUCAUAAUGGGGUAUUGAGUGUAGAUUGAUGUGUGAAAAAAAAGUUGAAGCAUUUUAACAUAAGGCUGCAACAACAAAGUGUGAACAUGUAGACAUGUUGUCUUUGUAUUUUUUAAAACUUGGGUCCUGUAGUAUUAGAACUUUCAAUACGUUUCACUGUGGAGUGUUUGGGUUGAGGGGAAACCACAUAAAAGUUUUAUCGGUUUAUUCAUGCCUCCAGUUGACUAAAUUGACAAAUGUGCAUUUACUUAAAUUAAUGAAUAAAUACAUUUAUAAAACCAAAUGGAGUAAAGAGUGUCACUUUCUAAACAGCAACUGGUAUUGUUUUGAUUACUUGCAAUGUUUAAAGACCUUUUAUCCUUGUUCAAACAUUGUUCAUUUUUCAUUUACAAAGUGAAUAUGAAGAUAUUUUUGGAGCAUGGUCUUAAAUAAGGAGUGAACUUGUGUGCAGAGUGGGUGGUGAAUGUUUGAAAGCUGGGUAUGUGAGAAACCGAUGGUGAACAAUGUGUUUAUAAAGUAUGUGCACAUUACAUCCAUGUGAGCAUAGCUGAAACUCAAUAUAAUAUAU